GUUUCUUACUUUCUUUUAGUUUGGAGAUGUACAGUUGUAUGUCAUCAUCAUUUAUAAGCAAUCAAUUCCCUUCUUCUACUGGGAACUUCAUAUUUCAUGACCUUUGCAAUUCUCAACUCAAUCGCAAUUCUCAAUUCUCAAAGCAUUAUACUCUACAACCCCUUCAUCUUCUUCGCAUCAUUCCACAACUCCAAAAAUGGGUAUAAUACUACUUCUCAGUUCACUAAAUUACUCACACAAUCUGCUCCAUCCUUAACCUCUUCCACAAAAAUAAACAAUGUCUAAUACAAACAAUAGUGAAAGAAGAGAAUUACGUAGACCAAUCAACUAUAUUAUCACACCUCUAUGGAAGUAUAUACAUAUUAUACAAGACAAUAUAGAUGGAGGUGGAAACAAAAUGUUGACUUGCACCUUUUACAACAAAUCAGUCAAAAGCUCAUAUUCAAACUUGAAGGCCCAUUUGCUUCGUGUUCGAGGGAAAAGGGGUUGGUAUUUGUGAAAAGGUCAAUGAUGAUAUUUUUAAAGAAAUCAAGCGUGAAGAGGACCAAGCUAUGCUAAAUAAGCUAAAUGCAGCUACUUAGGCAGAGCAAAGGUCAAUGUAUGUUUCUCUUCCUCUAGAUUCUGAUUUGAAGCAACGAAAAAAAUGAAAAGGUAAUCAACCUAGAAAUGCUAUUAUAAACGCCUUUAAAGCAAAAUAUAGGGAUGAUCUUAAAAAACUAUGUGCUAGAAUGCUUUAUUCAGUUGCUAUCCCAUUUAAUUUUGCAAGAAACCCUUACUUUAGGAAUUUUUGCACGAGUUUGGCCAAUAGCAAACUUGAUGGGUAUCUUCCCCCACCCCCCUUAUAAUCGACUUAGAACUACCUUGCUUGCCCAAGAGAAAGCCCGCCUUAGGAAGUUGUUGCAACCUACAAGGGAUCGUUGGGUAAAGAAGGGCCUUUCUCUAUGCUCUGAUAGUUGGUCUGAUGGGGUUAAUAGGCCUAUUAUCAAUGUUAUGGCUGCAUAUGGUACAUCAACUAUAUUUGUUGAUUCUAUUGAUGCAUCUGGAAAGCGUAAGGAUGUUGCAUUCGUGGCAGAGGUGUUUAUACAGGCUAUCAAAGAAGUAGGACCUGAAAAUGUUGUCCAAGUUAUUACAGACAAUGGAGCUAACUUCACGGCAGCAGGGGGUGAUAAGUUUGAUGUCGAUGUCGAUGUUUGUGAUAUAGCAGAUUUGUCUAUCAACAAACCAGAUUUAAGGAGGGCACUACUUGAUGUCGAAGUUGGAGAAGAAGAUGAAGAUUGAAGAUCGAAGAUUUUUUGCUAUGGGACUUGAAGUUGGAGCAGCUUUUUUAUUUUUAAGUUUAGUUUUUUAAGUUUAGAUUGAAAACUUUUUGCUAUGGAGACUUUGAGAGUUUGAGUAUUGGAUAUUUUGGAUGUUACGAAAUAUUUUGAUUGGAUGUCAUCUAUGCAUUUACAA